AUCGUUGAACUCCUUAGGCCGUUACUUAUUACCGUUGCCUAUAGAUGUGUUUUCAUUUGCUAGAUGAUCUGAGAGACAAUUACAAUUAUCACUGACUUUUAGUACAUAAAAAACUGGAAGUAAAAACAAUUGCCAUUUAGCUUGGUGAAAUAAAUAGACCAGAUGCUUCUUUAUUGAAGACAGAUACAAUUUCAAUAUGAAUUGUCCAUUUAUUGCAUAAAGACAUAUGUAAAGUUUAUUCCUUCAAAAGUUCAAACCUUAAAAUCACGAACGUGUACAUUAUUCUUGAUAAAUGUGACCAAUAAAUUUUAAGAGUUCAAGUUAUCGGUAAUAAUGAAAGUAACCGUGUGCUUUGAUGAUGUUAAAGUUGUUGUCCCCUGUGGAAACGGAAGCAUUCUGAUUCGAGAGCUAGCUGAAAUGGCUCUUUUAAGGUUUCAGAAAUCCACUUCCUCUUUGCUGCAUACAAAAUGUUGCAUAGAUCAAAAUGUCACAUUAUGUACAGGGAGUCAAACAAAGUCGCCAGAAAAACGAAAGCAAGAAAACUACAAUCUAGAUCAACAACAACAACAACAACACACUCAAAUAAUACCGAGAGAAUUAGAUCAGUCAGACAAGGAUUCUCAUCUGAAAACAGAUAGUCAAAAAAAUGUAUCAUGGAAACUGAAUAUUGAUAGUGAUUAUGAAGUAGAUUCGUUAGCGUUAGCUCGUGAUGGUGGUAUACUAGAUUGGGAUGAUCGUGUUGUUGAUGUGUUAGAUGAUCGUGAACUGUUAAUUGUUAAUUUUCGUAAGAAAACUUCAUUAGCCUCAUCAUCCAUUGCACCAAUAACAGUAACAAUACAAAAAGAUUUACAACAAUCAAAUUAUAAUCAUCAAAAAAAUUUACAAAAUAAUUUUUCUCUUAGUCACAUUAAUGAUUCUUCAUUAAAUACAAUUAGUUUAAAUCAUGUGAAAUUUAAUUAUCCUUUUAAUAAUGAUAAAUUUGAAAGGAAUCAAAUGAAUAAACACAUUACAACAAUACCUAUUUGCUCUACUUUAUAUAAUCAAACUUCAGUAAACAUAUCAUCGUCGACUUUAUCAUCAUCAUCAUCAUCGUCAUCAUCAUCGUCAUCAUCUUUAACUUCUUGUUCACCUUCAAUGACUGGUAGAAUUAUAUGCGAUACAGGUGUAACAUACGUUCAGUUACCAUAUCCACAACGUGAGGAAAAACAAACAUUUCCAAUACUUACUUCAAUAUCAUCAAUAGAAACAUCAUUACCAUCAUAUUCACAACCACCUAAACCUUCACAUCGUCAUCCUAUAUUGUCUGCAUUAUCGGAAAGAAUAUGUUUAGAAGGAGAAUCUUGUGAUUGUUUUUUACUAAGAAAAAAUGAUAUGAUCAAUAAACAAGGAAUUUUGACUAACGAUCAAAAUAUUCAGCCUGCACUUCAUUGUUCACAUAGUGCACAUCCUGUUACAACACUAAUUGGUGGAUUAGAAUAUGAAUUAUAUAGUACACAAUCACCAACUGGAUUUAAACCACCUACAAAUACAUCAUCUAUCAUUACUAAACCAACAUUUAAUACUAAACAAACAUCUGUAUCUAUAACAUCUCCAUUAAUUCAACGAUUGAAUAAACCUACUCCUGUUGAUCCUCCAGUUCUUCAUCAACAUCAUCAACAUCAUCACCAUCAUCAUGAUACUUCUUUAUUAAAAACAUCACUUUCAUUACCUCCAUUAGCUCAACCAUGUAAUGUAAAUGUAACAGAAAGCAUGAAUCGAUCAUUGGUUACAAAUCAUUUACAACAAAUGAAUUUAUCAAAAUUGAAAACGAUAACAGAUAAUAAUGAUGUUCAUGAUGAAAAUUACAAUGCGAAUAACAAUAAUAUAAAUCAAAAUAAAUAUCAAUUUUAUGAACAGAUUGAUGAUAAUCAAUAUGAACGGAAUGUAACUAUUUAUCAUGAUACUCCUCCAAAUGUUGCAAAUCUACGUGGAAGUUAUUCACCCCAAUCACUUGUAGAUCGGAAUGAAUAUGUUAAUAUGCCACAAUCAAAAUUAAAUAAUGAUCAAUUAUCUUUAACAACAAAUGCAUUUCCUACUUAUAUGAUACUUCCAUCAUCUAUUUCAUCAUUAAAUGAUUAUUUAAUAUCAAUUCCUAAUUCAUUAUCAUUAUCAUCAACUAUAUUGAAUAAAACUGAUAUAAGUAUUAUAACUAAUGUUAAUAAUGAUGAUUUAUUAAUGGAUACAUCAUUUUUAUCAACAGUACCUGAAGAAGAUUUAGAUAUUGGUGAUUUAACUAGUUCGAAUAAAACAACACCACAACAAAGUCCUUGUAAAAAAGUUUAUUCAAUGAAACAAAUCAAUAAUAAUAAUUUGUUGGAAUCAAUUCAAAAUAAUAAUAAUAGUAAUUCUGAACAUCUUCAUGAUAUUGUCUAUCAUAGUUCACCAAAAUCUUUAUCACCAAUCACUAUAUUACACACUGCACAGUCACUUCAUAAUAAAGAAACUGAAUUGUACAGUAAUUCAUCUAGUCAAAUAUGCUCUGAUGAAAAUGUCGAAUUACAAUCAUUAUCACCAUCAUCAUCAUCACCACCGCCACCACCACCAGUAUUAUCAAAAUUAUCUCAAAAUUCUUCAUCUCAGUCUCAAGAAGUUUCAGACAGUUAUUGUGCUCGUCCUAAUAGAAAACAAAAACGUUAUCGAAAUUCCAGAGCACCAGCACCGCCUACACCUACAACAAUAAGCACAACUGUAACAAAUUCACCUUCUACUAUUUCAAUAGCUCUUAAUACGUCAAUAAAUCAAUCAGUCAUAGAACCACCACCUCCACCCCGUCGAUUAAAACAAAAGAACCAUGAUACACCACAUACUAGUGAUUCAGAUACAGACGACAAAGAUUGUAAGAAUUUAAUGAAAUCUCGACAAAUUCACCAAGUUUCAGAUAAAUCCCCAUCAAGUCCUAAGUCGACGAAUAAAGAAGAAGAAGAAUUAAAAGAUGAUAAUUCAAAUUGUGCUUCCAGACUAAAACAUCCCUGUCAACAUAUAACGCAACAACAUACAAUCAUAAAUAAUGAUAAAUUACAUUCAAAUCAUUUGAAUCAAUUAAUUACAUCCAUAGAAACAACUAAAGCUACUAUGAAUUUUGAACAAAAUUCAACUAUCAAUUGUAUAUGCUCAUGUUGUAAUGAUAUAAAACAGAAUAAUCAAUUCAAUCGAUCAGAUUUGUAUAAAUCAAUUAUACGUAAACCAACUCCACCGAAACGAUCACCUAAAACUAUUUUAACCAGCCUUAAUACAUCUCCUAAAUCAGAAGAACGUGAAAAUCAUAAAGUCCAAAUGAAUUCAAUUCAAAGUUCCAAUCAGUUAGAAAAUAUUAUGGAUCCUAUAAACUGUGAAUCUGGAGUAAUCUGUGACCAUAAAAUUGAUGAUGAUUGUUACAAUGAGGAUUCCAAGGAACAAACACACUCUACUAUGACUACUACCAGAAAUGGUAGUCAUAGUAGUCAUGAAGGAAGUGAACAAAAUGAGGAGAAGCAAUAUCCUAUGUAUGAUAGCAAUAAUAAUAGUAACAAUAAAAAACAAUCCGAUUUAAUUAUACCAGAUAACAUUGGUCAAGAUAAUGAGGCGAUUAAGUGUUGUGUAUGCAAUUCAUUGCAUCAAAUAGAUGCUGAAGCUGAAAUUCUUCAUAUGACUGAAUUAUUAUCGAAACGUCGUGAAUCUGAAGCUAGACGUCAAUUAUUAUUAGCUGAGAUGGAGGCUGGAAUAGAACGAGAUGAUCGUUUAAGAGUCGCUGCAAAUGCUAUGGCAUUGGCGGUAUCGCCAAUGACAAGUGAUAUUACAUGUAAUAUGGAUAAAUCAGGAUUAUGUAAUGUAUCAAAUUGUAUACACUAUAAUUAUUGUUUACGUCAUCAUCAUCAUCAUGAUCAUCAACAACAAAUUCAUUCUAAUAAUGUUUGUAAUGUACAACAACAUAUUGCACUAAAUCCACCACAUUUACAUUCUAUAGAUCACAGAAAUAUAGAUAAUGAAUUGAUACCGCCGAUAACAUGUUGUUGUACAUCGGAUUGUAUCAGAGAAGAAGAUAUAUUGAUUACAUUACGAAAAUCUUCAUGUGGUUUAGGAUUUAGUUUAACCACAAAACUAAUUCAACCUAAAUCUACAUUGAAUUCAUCAAUGAAUGAAACAUUAUUUGCUGUAUAUGUGAAAAAUAUUUUACCUGAUGGUUCAGCUAUAAAAGAUGGACAAUUACGGGUUGGUGAUCGAUUAAUACAAAUUGAUAAUUUAGAUGUAAUUGGUAAAUCACAAGCACAAAUUGUAGCUAUAUUACGAAUUAAACCAGUUGGUAGUAUUGUUCAUUUAUUAGUACGUCGUCAAGUGCAUCAAUGUCAAUUAAAUACAAAUGAUUGUUUAACAUGUCAUUUAUUAUUAAAUUCAACUUAUCAAUGUUCAAAUUUAUUAAAUACAUCAAUGAAUCAAAUAACAAAUCAUUUACCUUAUGGGAAAUUAUCUACAUAUUAUAAUUGGUUUGAUACACGUAAAUGUUCAUCACCACCAUUACAAAUGACAUUAUAUUAUGAUGGAUUAACUAAUUUAGAACGUGUUUAUCAUCCAAAUUAUCCAGUUUAUCCAGAUGUGAUCCUACUUCGUUUACAUAUUCCACUUAUUCCUGUCAAUGAAGAGAAUAUAGAUUAUCUUAAAAAUUCUAAAAAUUGUUUAGAUACUACUACUAAUACUACUACUAACAGUAGUAAUAAUAAUAGUAAUAGUAAUAACCCAUUAACUAUAACAAAUUUACGUCAAAUGCGUCUUGGUGUUAGUGUACGUGAAUCUAAUUCAUCAAGAGCAAGUAAAUUAAAUGAAUUAUCACAGAAUACAAUUAAAUUAAAAACAAAUAUAAAUAAAAAUAAUGAUAAAAUAAAUCAUAUUAAUACAUUAACUGAUACAUCAUAUAUUGCUGAUUCUAUAUAUGGUGGUGUAAUAGUGAAAUGUGUUAUAGAAGGUGGUGCUGCACAUAAAGAUGGUCGACUUCAAAUUGGUGAUGAAUUAUUAGAGAUCAAUGGAGUUGUUUUGGUUAAUGCAAACAAUCCAUUAAGUUUAUUACGUUCUGUUCUACGAAAAUUAUCUAAUACAACUGUAAAUGACAAUAAAAAUGAUGAUGAUGAUAAUAAUAUGACUACAACUUCGACAAGUGUAACCGAUAGAACAACCACGACAAUAACAACAUCAACAACUGCUUAUAGUUCUGUUGCUACUACUGAUACUACUACUAUUACUACUAGUACUAUAAGUAAUAUUAAUUCUAUAACACCUUCACCUACUAAGAAAAAUGAUCGGAAUACAACUUCUAAGUCUACCUUUGAUAAAGAAGAUUCAAUGGAAAUGUUAGAUACAAUUCAACCAAAAGUGGUAGAUUUAUUGAUAGCUCGAUUAACAAGGCAUCGAAGAUCUGCAUCUGGACACACUCUUGCAUCGAACUCCGAGUUUAGUUCAGAAACUUCGACGUCAAGUACUGUACUAACUGCUACACCAAAGUUUUUACCACCUGUCAAUAAUAAAACUAGUCCUGAAUCAUCAUGUAUUAGUCAAGAACAAUCCAUAGACCAUCAUCAAGGUAGUCAUCAACAUCAACAACAUCGUCAUCACCAUCAUCAUCAUCGGCAUCAUCGUCAUUUGUCUCAACCACAACAAAAAUGUUACUGUCCAAAUCCUUUAACAACUUCAUCUUCAUUGCCAUCAUCACCUUCAUCAAUUACAACAAAUCCUACUGAAAGUGAAACACAUGUUACUACAAUUAAUGCUAUUGACGUACAAAACAUGAAUAAUAACGCUAAAAAUAACGAAACACCGAAAAUUAAAGCAGAAAUACAUUCAGUCAAAGUGGAACAAGAAGAUAAUGCUGCUGAUGAUGAUAUUAUCAUUACUACUAAAACGACUCUUGGAGGUGACUGUGUCACGUAAAAUAAUUAAAUCAUAGUUAUACAGAUUCCUAUAAAACAAUGAAUGAAUAUUAAUUUUUUAAACGUAAUACUACUUCUAUACAUUAGAGAAUUCAUCAUUUAUGUGAAUUAUUAUUGAAAACUACCUCAAUCUCAUUAACAAAUUGAUAUAAAUUAUUAUUACAUCAUUAUUACUAUUGUUAAUACUACUACUACUACUACCAUUAUUCAGUAGUUUGUCGUUUUUUUUAGCUGAAAUAUAAAAACCGCUCAAAUUUACAUUUGUAAACAACCACAAUCUCAAUAAUAAUAAGUAUUAUUAUAUAAUGCUACAUUCCCUCUCUUGCCUCGUAACCAAACAAACUCUGUCCUCAUAGCUAGCGAGAGAAAGUGAGAGAGAGAGAGAGGGAAAGAGAGAGGAAGAGUGAGACAGUGAGAGAGAGAGAUUAGUUUAUUCCAUUGUAUAGAAACCAAAACCAUAUUUUCUAUUAUCAUAAACCAUUUUCUUUCUUUCUCCCCUUUUUUUCUUUAUUCCUUUUUUUAUUUGUGAAUAAUUUCUUUUUUUUUCAAGACAAUGACAAAGUGAAAGAAAAGAAUCCGAAAUUGUUAUGACUAAUUGUUUUCUAUUUAUUUCUAAUAUUGUUUGUCAAAAUCUCAUCACUUAGCUUGUUUGUUUGUUUGUUUUAUUUUCUAAAACGUAUUUCAUUCACAUUAUCAAAAUAUAACAUUGAAUAAGAUACUACUUAUAUUACUAAAUAUACUCACAUUUUUAUUAUUAUGAAGAUUUCAAUUUAAUUUUUAGUUGUGACAUAUACAUACAUCAUUGGAAUAGUUCAUAAUGAUUUUUGUGGUGUUGGUGGCAGUGGCCGUGGUGGUGGUGGUGGCGGUGGAUUAGUAUCUAAGGCCUCUUUCUUUUUUUGUUUCUUACUUUCACUUAUUUUUGUUCCAAUGAUAUGAUUGUAUAAAAUGAAUUGAUUCUUUUCUUGAUUCUCUUAUCUCUACACUCAACUUCCUUCAUUCACAUGAAACGUAUAUCAGUUAGAUGAUGAUGUUAUGAAAACUUAAAAAAUAUAAAAAGAAGAAAAGAAACACAACAUCGAUCAAUGUUUUUUUGUAGUUGUUGUUGUUAAUAUGAUUGUUACUAUGACAACAAUGAUCAUCGUGAAUACUAUUAAGUACUAUGAUCUAACUUUUUUUCAAAUAAAUAUGAUCACUUUCAGCAACAACAAUAAAAAUAAACAAACAGAAAAGAUCAUUAUUUUUUGUUGUUGCGUAAUAUUAUAUUCAUGACAGAAUUUACUUCAUCAUGUUGUAGAUACUGAUGUAAAUAAUUAAAUGAUCAUUGAAUGUUUGAUUUUAGUCACUAAGUUGUUUUUUUUCAUUUUCAUAGUCAAAUAGAUUGCCAACAUUUUUAGUGAUUACGUCAUUGCAAUAAUACUCUAUUACAUAAUCAUCGGAUGUAUAGUCAUUUUUCUUUAAUGAUUAUCGUUGAAGUGAGAUGAUCCAUUCAGUUUUAUCGUUUCAUCAUAAGUGGUUCUUUCUUAGUUUCUCUUCUUUUUUUCCUUUCUUUUUUUUGAUAUACACAAUUAUGAUUCCGCCCCACCCCCCCUUUCAUGUAUAUUUCUUAUUUCAUAACCAUUAAUAGUAAUUUGCAAAAAAAACACAACGAUUAUAGUUUUAUGCACAGAUAUUAAAUUGAAUUGAAAUAAGAUUUAUGUGAAAUAUGAAUCACUAUUUUAUAUUCCUCUAUUUAAAUUUCUUCAAAAAUAUGAAACCCCCUUUUUAUUCAUCUCACAUAUUCAAUCAACCAUCCAUCCACCUACCCACUUACUCAUUCCUCCACCCAGUCAAUCAAUUAAUCACUAAUUGUCUAUCUCUUUGAUUAUCUGUUGCCUUAUUGAUUCAAAUCAUAAUGACAUGAAUUGAAUAAUUUAUUAUUUUCUUUGAAAAAAAAAUUCAAUAAUCAUACAUUUUUUUCUCUUGUUCUUUUUUUCUUCAUUCUUUCUUCAUUAUGUUUACUUACAUAAGAGAAAAAAUAAAAGAAGAAGAAGAAGAAAAUAAUUCGUUUUAAUGAAAAAAAAAGAGAAAGACAAAACUUCCACUUUUUCUUUCUUUCAUUCUUCUUCUUUUGUUGUUGUCGUUGUUGCCUUCUUUUAUCUUUUUGUUUUUCUUGACAUAAACAAAUUUGUAAACAUUUAAAUCUAAAAAGAAACGGGUUGUUCCAGAUCUCCCUCCCUCCCUCUCUCUUUCUCUCACUCUUAUUAACUUUUGUUUUUUGAUUCUCUCCAUUCAUCCUUCUAUUCGAUGAUUUUUUUGUUUUGAUUUUCUUUUGUUUUAUUUUUUUCUCUCUUUUUAAAAAAGUGUACACAUGAUUCACUUAUGUCUAUAUCAUUAUUCAUUGAACAAUAAAUCAAUAAAUCAAUACCAAGAUUAUUAAAAAAAAUUCAGAUUAUAUAAUGAAAUAUAUU